UAUUGUAUAUUGUUUUAUAUUAGGCUUAGACUUCUCUUAUUUAAACAAAAAGGGGAGGUGCUAUAGGAACUCCUCCAGCCAAUAGCCUUUAAGAUACCAGCUCACUUGGACAUGGCCUCUUACACUAUAAAUGCUGAUGUAAAGCCCGCUUACUCUCUCUUCUGGCUGCUGGAUUCGGUUACUGUUCCCUGUUUUUGGAGAGGACUGUGAUCUAUCUCCCUCGGACAUGGCCACAAGCGGCUUUCACUUUGUACCAUGUGACACCAAACGGGCAUCAAGACAGCUUGGAGCAUCUGCUGUGGGCAGUUCAUCAACCAAGGUGGAUCUCAAGAGUGGGCUGGAAGAGUGUGCAGAGGCAUUGAACUUAUUUCUAAGUAACAAGUUUAAAGAUGCCUUGGAGCUGCUUCGUCCAUGGGCCAAGGAGAGCAUGUACCACGCCUUGGGAUACAGCACCAUUGUGGUCUUGCAGGCCAUCAUGACCUUUGAGCAGCAGGACAUCCAGAACGGCAUUUCCGCCAUGAAAGACGCUUUGCAAACCUGCCAAAAAUACAGGAAGAAAUGCACAGUUGUGGAGUCUUUCUCAAGUCUGCUUUCUCGUGGGUCGCUGGAGCAGCUGAGUGAAGAGGAAAUGCAUGCCGAAAUCUGCUACGCCGAGUGUCUCCUACAGAAAGCCGCGCUCACGUUUGUGCAGGAUGAAAAUAUGAUCAACUUCAUCAAAGGUGGACUCAAAAUUAGAACAAGUUACCAAAUAUAUAAAGAGUGCCUUUCCAUCCUGCAUGUCAUUCAGAAGAACAAACAGGAGCAGCACUUCUUCUAUGAGUUUGAAGGCGGUGUCAAGCUUGGCACGGGGGCCUUUAAUUUGAUGCUGUCUCUUCUACCAGCAAGAAUUAUCAGACUGCUCGAAUUUAUUGGAUUUUCUGGAAACAGGGACCUGGGCCUUCUGCAGCUGCGGGAAGGUGCGUCGGGAAGCAGCAUGCGGUCCCCGCUCUGCUGCCUUACCAUCCUGGCUUUCCAUACCUACAUCUCCCUUAUUCUCGGUACAGGAGAAGUGAACGUGGUGGAAGCAGAGAGUCUCCUGGCGCCCUUCCUUCAGCAGUUCCCCAAUGGCUCGCUCAUACUGUUCUACCACGCCCGGAUCGAGCUGCUCAAAGGCAAUGCUGAGAAGGCUCAAGAGACGUUUCGAAAAUGCAUUUCAGUUCAAGAAGAGUGGAGACAGUUUCACCAUCUCUGUUACUGGGAAUUAAUGUGGAUUUACAUAUACCAGCAGAAUUGGAUGCAGGCGUAUUAUUAUUCAGACCUACUCUGCAAAGAGAGUAAAUGGUCCAAGGCAACAUAUGUGUUCUUGAAAGCUGCCAUUCUGAGCAUGCUUCCGGAGGAGGAGGUGGCAGUGACCAAUGAGAACGUGGUGGCUCUGUUCAGACAGGUAGACGGCUUGAAGCAGAGGAUCGCCGGGAAAUCUCUCCCAACCGAGAAGUUCGCUGUGAGGAAGGCACGCCGGUACUCACCCUCUUCAGGAGCCCCGGGGAAGCUCGUCUUACCUGCCCUGGAAAUGAUGUACGUCUGGAAUGGCUUUUCAAUAGUAGCCAAAAGGAAGGACCUUUCUGAAAACCUCUUGGUGACUGUGGAGAAGGCUGAGGCGGCUCUGCAAGCUCAGAACUCUGCUGACUCUGUGGAUGAUGAGUGCUUGGUAAAAUUACUGAAGGGAUGCUGCCUCAAGAACUUAGAGCGACCCUUGCAAGCUGAGUUGUGUUUCAACCACAUUGUGGAAAGUGAGAAACUACUGAAGUACGACCACUAUCUGGUGCCAUUCACUCUGUUUGAGCUGGCGUGUUUGUAUAAAAGCCAAGGGGACAUUGACAAGGCCAUCAAGACCCUAGAAACUGCAAGAAACAACUACAAAGAUUACUCCUUGGAGUCCAGACUACACUUCAGGAUUCAAGCAGCCCUUCAUCUCUGGAAAAAACCGUCCUCUUCCUCAGACUGAUGAGAACGCACAGGCUGGAAUCCCCCCAGCUAACAUGGACUCCUGCUGUGGAGAUCAGUCCCAGUUAAGGUGGAAGUGAGAUCCUUCGAAUAAGAAAGGAAACUUUAUUGUCAGGCGCUUCCUGUCACCAGAGUGGCUUCCUGUUCCCCUAUGGAAUGGCAAUCAAUAUUGUAUAGAGAUUCUUAUACUCUGCCUUUAAAAAGAAUUUCACAUUAGAUUUCAAUUGAGGGGUGAAGUCUUUUAAAAGACUGACAGGUACAAUAAAGUCUAGUUAGAUUAUUUAUUUUUUUAAUGCAAAAAUUAAUAUUGUUCAAGUAGCAAAUGGCUUUAUAUGCUGAUCCAUUUUUAGAUUGGCUUGUCCUUUAAACUUCAGAGAUAUUUUAUUGCUUAGUAUUUAAAUCUCAGAGUGGGAAUAAAUAGCACAUCUAAAAUAAUAUAACAAUGAGUUUCUGAAGGUUCUGAAGAGAGAAGCAGAGGGCCCGAGGGGUGAAGUCUUGCUAGGCUGAAGGACCUGCAUCUCUUCAGGAUGCUGUAGUCAUGAGUUCUCGGGUUUCCGCUCUCAGUGAUUGAAAUGGUGGCAUUUUUCAGAAACCAUUCUGUCUUUGAAUGUACUCAUAUCUGAUCCAGCAAUAGCAUUCAGUCAUAUAGACACAUCUCCCGUGUAUCUACAGGAAGAAAACACGGUAUUUUAGACCUCCCUAACCUUAGUGCUAAAGCCUGAGAUAUAGACUCUGACUCCUUUUCUUACAGGGAGGAAAAAAAUCCCUGUUGCUUUAAAUGAUAUAUAAAAUAUCAGUCAUUUUUACACUUAGGAUGUGGCUGGCCCAGCACUGACAGCUUCUUCCUUCCUUCCUUCCUUCCUUCCUUCCUUCCUUCCUUCCUUCCUUCCUUCCUUCCUUCCUUCCUUCUUUCUUUCUUUCUUUCUUUCUUUCUUUCUUUCUUUCACAUCUGGGCUGGGUUUUGGUUCUGAGUAGAAUAUAGAACCAGAGCGUGGGACUGGAAGAGCCAGGCUCUGCUACUGGUGAGCAGAGAGCAGUUGGCUUUUCUGGAGUCCCCACACCUGCCAAUUACUGUAUCUUCCUCUCUUGUGAAAUAGAAAAAGAACAGGUGACUUCAACGUUCUCUCUGAGUUUUAUAACCACGAGUCUGUGUAUUAGGUACUUCCAGCACUGUUUAGCAUUCAAUCCACAUUCUUCCCAUUUAGAAUGUUUUAUAGUAUUUUUUUCAAUGCACUCCCUCUCCUUCCAAUCCACUGCCUAUAGUAGUUGUUCCAGCUAAGGGCCAGAUCCCACCCAGUGAGGAGAAGCAGUUCACGAGUCCAUGAGUCAGGGUUUUGUUCCGUUUUCUUGUCUAUAUGGUAGUUGACUCCACAUUCCCCAGGUGAAGCCCCAAGUUUGUAGUUGGGAGUCUCUUCCUGUUGGUGAGUAGUUAGCAACGUAAAACAAAUAACUUGGCCUUUCUAGGACUUGGAUUUCCCAGUGGGAAUGACAAGGUAGAUUCAGUGCUCUGAGGCCUCAAUGAGGUGGUGCAUUUGGUAGCUUUCUGUACACUGGGGAGGCUAUAGACACAGGAGUGAGUCUGACCAUUAUGGCUUGUGCAUGGAUUACAGUAUCUAUAUGAAAGUAUCCUCUGAGUCUGUGGUCUAUGCCGUAAGAUGAAGUGAACGUGGGCAGUCAGAAGCCUCUCAGUUUAUGCAGUUACCACUGAGAGCAGCCCAGGUCAUGGAGUUGCUCCUGCUCUCCCCUCCUGCAGUUCCCAUGCUCAGCAUUGGUGUUGUGUUGCAUAAGGAACCAUUGCUUGACCAACAUUGAGGAAGCAUUUCUUGAAGAAGGUGAUUAAUAACACUUCUUCAGCAUGGGGGCAGAUAACAUGUCACAUUAAUAUGAAUUAUUCAACCAGUUACAGAUAGAAGGGGAAAUAAAUUGUCAUGAUACUAUAGAAAUAUAUUCGAUAAUUAUAUAUAAAACUUUGAAGAAAAGUUUAUAAAUUCUUUAGGAGAACAUUGAUGACAUUAUUUUAAAAACAUAUUAUUAAAGAAUAUAUCUGGGUGUAGGGGCACAUUCCUUUAAUCCCAGCACCUGGGAGGCGGAUCUCUAAGUUUGAGGCCAGCCUGGUCUGCAUAGUGAGUUCCAGGCCAGCCAUAACUACAUAGUGAAACCAUGUCUCCAAAAAGAAACAAAUAAAAAGGAUAUAUAUCCAUAUUUUGUGAGAAUCUGUCAGAGCUCAUGGUCUGUAACAAUAAAUUCUUUUUCUGGUAUAAAAUGAAAAAAAAAAAGUGAAGCUAAAAAUAGCUAUUGUAGGCUGGUGAGAUGGGUCAGCAGUUAGAAUCCUUCCUGCUUCUCCGGGGACCAGAGGCUGUUUCUCACUACCAUGUCAGACAGUUCUCACCUGCUGGAACUGCAGAAGAGCUGACAGGCACCCGGACAAACAUGGCAUAUGCUCACACAGAAGAAGCACACGUGUACAUGAGUAGACAAUCUUUUUUUAAAUGACUGCUUUUACAUUAUCAAACAAAUUCAUCUGUGCCUUUUUUUUCAUUUGUGGGGUUUUUGUUUUUAUUCCUCAUAUUCUCUUUGCCAGUUAGCCGCGUGGAUCAUCUAUCUAGUGACCUUAUAAAUACUGCGAUAGACAUCUAUCUGUUUCCUGUCGUGUUCAAGACACUGUACAGGCACCGGUUUCUUAGGAUGUUUGUAAGGGUCAUCUUCUACAACCUGUUUCGUGAUUUAGGAUGUUUGCCUAAGAGACACCAUUUUAUCUGUCAUCUUUGUGAGGCACUGGUAGUGGCUGGGGACUCAGGUAUGUCUAAGGACAGUUUGUAUAGCCACUGGCAAAAUUGCUUCUGUUUAUUUUUAAAUAGCGAGGCCGUGUUCUGAUUGGUGCUUUGCCUUGGUCAGUAGAAAAGCUUGGAAGGUUAACUACACCAACUUCUGUGUAUAUUUGAAUGCUUGCUCUUCCUGCAUGGAAGAUUACAGAGCACACAGUUUUGUGGCUGUCUGUCUGUUCUGAGGUCAGGAGGAGACAGUGGGCAGGAGUUACAGGGAGAUACACUUCACAUUCCUCCGUGGGAAGGACAGUGUGCGGUCAUUAGAGCAAUGCGGCAGGCAGGCCAGCUCCUCGGAAAGGGGUGAGUUAGCAGCCCUGGGUGACUGUCAUCCCUCCCUGGCCCGAGGGCCUGGGUUAAUUGAAUUGGAGGUCAAGUCAUUCUACAAUUUUUUGACCAGGGCUUAAACCCUGUGGUGUGGAAGAGUGAAAAGCGAGUGCCCCCUCUUCAAGUAGAAGUGCGCGCUCUUUCCCUAAUCAUUUUAUUGUGAUGGGCACUAGCAGCACCGGCUGUCAAAGUUCACAUGAUUCUGCCUCCCUUCUAUCCCCAUGAGGUUUAGUGAUCUUGUUGAGUAGAGCCCUGCUCCCUGGACAGCAAGAGUGAUUUAAGAACAGUCUUUAUGACCAAGUGGAAAAAUCAAUUCUUGUCAAUUCCCUAGACAUUUCAUUUUUCCUGUGUCCUUUUCCCCCCUUUGUUGAAUUCCCUCGGUUUCUGAAUCACCAGUUCUGGUGUGGUUAGUUGUAAUUAGUGAAGCCUCUGAUGACAGAAAUCCUACCUGAUCCAUCAGGUCUGGAUCUUAGCAAAUUAAUUUGUCCUUUUCGGCCAUUGAACAUACUGCUUCUGCUGUCCUCAGUCAGCUGUGGUUGCUAGGCUCCUGAAAUGGCCAUGGGCAGUGGGGCCUUUCUUCUUGCCUGCAGCAGUUCUCAAAGGCUCCAGGAUUCUUUUUUUUUUUUUUUUUUGGUUUUUCGAGACAGGGUUUCUCUGUGGCUUUGGAGCCUGUCCUGGAACUAGCUCUGUAGACCAGGCUGGUCUGGCUCCAGGGUUCUUGCCCCUGGCACUCUGGCAUUUGCUUGCUGUCCGCGGUGACUGCCCAUCCCUCAUCCAUUGCAUCACCUUGUCAGCUAUCUCUCAGUAGUUACUCUUUCUGUUUAAGUGCCCUUAAACUUUGAUUCUCCCGUGUAUUUGGCAUAUGAACUGGUCUCACCCCUGUGAACUCUGUGUGUGCUCAUCGAAAAGUCCCUGUUUUUAAGAUUACUUGGGUAGUCUUAUUUUGUAAACUGUCUCUGCAUGUUGCAAUUGUUAGGUCGCUUUCAUGAAUAAGAUAAUUUCUGAAAAUUUAAUGAACACUUUGUGAUACGUUUACAUCACCAACAUGCUGAUGUUGACCCUCUUAGCUAUUUCAAUAUGCUACUUACAGAUUGUUUGACACAAUUGAUCCACUUAAGGGAUAAUAUGGAAGAUGAUUUAUCUAAAUUUAAAUAUUUUAUGCCUUCUGGUUGCCUAUUGUAAGUAACUUAAGCUGUUUAAGGAUCUCUUUAUUAGAUACAGUGAUAGAUCUAAUGUGUCACUAGAUUGGUCUAUACAUAAGUAAUAUGAAACAACCCAUAUUGGCUAAUCCUCCAUGCCCUUUUAGGAGUGGAGUUGUUUCUUCAUAUUGCUCUCCCACCAUCCAGUUAUUUACAUAUUUUACUGUAUGUAUUAGAUUGCUAGAACCCUGCCUCCCAGUUAGUAUUUUGGUCUAUUGUACAUUUGCUGUUAGCUUUUAUUAUUUUAGAAUGUUGAACUUGAAAUGUAAAGGGCCCAUCAGACUCUAUCAAGGAAGAUGGCCUUGCUGUUGAACAGUUCCAUCUGAUCUGGACAGACCUUCAUAUGCGAGGACAAACUUAAGUCCGUUCCAGUCCAUUUAUAAAACUUGAUCACUUCAGAAGGAAGUGAUAGAAGAGCUAUUCCGUGUACUGAGACGGCUGAGCAGGUUCUCAGCCUGAACCACGUAGAGGAUAUAUAGAUUGAACACUAGAGAAGACUAAGCCCCACCCCCUCCUGUUUGCAGUAUACAGUGAGUGACAUGUGUUCAUCACAGUUAGUCAUAUUGCAGCAGGACUGUGCAAAAACUCAAAGCAGAUGCUUCGCUGUAUUUAAAUAAUAAAGAAUUCUGUACAUGCCUACAGGUUGAAUUUUAUUUUAUUUUAUUUUUGCGGUGCUAGAAAUGAAACCCCGAGGGCUGGUGUUUGCUUUGUAAGUGUUCUACAACUGAGCCAUAUCCUCGGCCCCAGGUUGAAUAUUGAAUAGGAAAAAUCAAGGUACAAUUGUAGCAAACUUACUGACAAUAAACACAUAGGACACUUUGUCAACUGAGCACUUCCUAGAAGUGUGUAAUUAAAAGGCUGAACACGGGACGUGUGCAUAUUACGUCAGGUGCAUUUGUUUUAUUGCUCCUUAACUUUUUCUUCAGGGCUUUGAAUUAAAAGUCUUGGUAGUUUGGGUACCAAAAGAAAAUAAAAAUAAUUGUUUUCAGUGGAACACAACUGAUAAUGAGGGUCUCUGAAUAGCUGAGCAUACUAAAGAAUAUUGCUUACAUUUACUUGUGAAGCAGUUGUAUUCUUCUGAGUUUGAAGGGGUGGCAAAUUCUGCUUGAGGAAUUACACAGGCCUGUAGCUUCAGUCUCACUCUGAAUAGGGCAGACUUUGGAGAUAGCAAAUGAGUAUAAAUGAGUUUCACAAAUUCCCUUUUCUCCUGAAGUGUUCCCCCUACCACCACCACCGCAGUAGACCAAAUGCUUUCUGUACGGCUCUCCUCUUGCCUACUCCUGUCCUAGGGCAUAAACCAUGAAUAUUGGCACACGGCUAAGGAAACACUGGACCACUGAGCACCCAGCCCAAGUAGUUUCCAGGAAAAAGGAGGUUGUGGUAAACAUCUUAAAUCUCAGGCUUUUGGUUGUGUUUAAUGAUGUAAGAAAACAGCACUGUUUGGGUCCAAGAUUUACAGAGAGGCACACAUGUGCCACAGAUGUGUGCUGUGCAGUAAGGCACAUAACAGUUAACCGUGUGCCACAUCCAGCCACCGUGUCAUGGGAAUUCUAGAGCCGAUUGUGUUUUUCAUCACUUUUCCCUUCUCUGACUGUUGGUGUCUGAACACCUGAACGGAUAUUAAUUGUCUCUUUAUCGAUUGCUAUUUUAAAAUAUUUAUUGCAGAUGUUCAUAGAAUGCUCAAUUUUGAUGCAAAUUAUAUACAAAGGCAUAUACGUAUAUAUUUAAUAACGGAGACGUAUUAUUUUAUUGCACAACUUAUUUUCAAAGCAAAUUUACUUUAUAAAUGUCUUUUGAGACUUUUUUUUGCCUCAGAAAUACAAAAAGUAACUCUGUGUUCUUUCUGGUUUGUAAGAGGUACAUUUGAUUUUCACUUACUUUUGGAUUAAGCAAAAUUAAGGCAUGUAUGAACCAACUUGGAGCUUCUAGUUGAACUAUCAGAGCGCCUGUCUGUACUUGGGAUUGAGUGCUGUACCGGUCAGACAUGGAUUUGUCUUGUCUCUGUCUGCUUCCCUCAUGCGCUUAAGCAUGGUCUUCUGGGGAGAUUCUCAGCAGUCAGUUUUACAGAGGAAAACCAUCUUAGAAACCGAAGCGAUCCGGACUCUGUAAAAUGAAUGUGUUACUAACACCCAUCUGCUCACCAGUGGACUAGCCUCAGGUCCUGGAGAGGGAAAGAGACCAUAUCUAGGAAGCUUUCCAUCAGUCAAGGAGGAGGAAGAGGAGUGUGAACUAGCAUUUUCUCAUGUAAAAGCUGUGUUUCCAUGGCUUCCGUGUGCUGCUUUUGUGUUAAUGUUAUCAUCUGUGAUGUGGAAGUCAAUGUAGAUAAAGAUUUAAAUUUUCAACAUGAAGACAAGAGUUCCUGUUUCUAUUUUUACAAUUUAGACAAUUUUGAAAACAGAUAUCAUAUUAGAAAUUGUAUUUUUAAGUGCAAAUAAAUCAAUCUGCAAGUCAGUGUUUCCCUCUUCUUCCCUUGUACCUUAGAGAAGGCUCCUUGUUAGUAGGUACAUAUUUCAGUUGCCAGAUUGUUUUCAGAAUCCUCUUUUCAUAUUGCUGUAAUCAGUUUACCUAUGAUGUGCAAUGAUUUGUUAUUUAAAUAAAUGACUCGAUGAAAUUACA